AAAAUAAAUCAUAAAUAAAAUAGCAGGUAUAACAAGUUCCAGAGGUAGGCCGCCCUUCCAAAAAUGGAGAAUGCUCUCAGCUGCACCUCUUGUUCUCUGCUACCUGUCACUCCCGCCUCCCCUCUCUCUCUUACCCCCUCGUCUAAACUCACAUUUUUGAGAUUAAAUCGCGCAAGCGCCGCGGAAGAGCAGCAGCGCCGGAGUAAAUCUUUAGUGAUUAGGAAUGGUUUCGGCUCGGAUGAGAAUGGACAGCUUAACGGGUUCCCGAAUAUACCCAACAAGAUUUUCAUGGAGGAGGUCAUUGGAGCAGAGUAUGGCGAAGGUUUUGAGACAUUUAGACCCGAAGGUCCCCUUAAAGUCGAUGUUGAUUUUUUAAAUGACAGAAUGCAAGAAGGUUUCCUCCAACGAAUUCGCUAUGCCAUGAAGCCUGAUGAAGCCUAUGGCCUCAUAUUCUCUUGGGAUGUUGUGGCAGAUACUCAAGCCUUAAAAUUGCGUGCUUGGGAACAACUUGCAUCUGAAGAAGGAAAGGAGAUUCCUAACGAUGACAAUGUACAAAGAUUUUUGCUGUAUGCUGGUGCUGAUCAUGUUCUGCGCAAGGUAUUGCUUUGGGAAAAGGAUGAAGAUGAUGUAGAUAGACUGAAGUCCAGGCUCUCACAGUUAUAUUAUGACAACCUUAUCAAAUUUUCAGAACCUGUGGAAGGUCUAAAGGAAUGGUUAGAUGCUCUGUCUACAUCUCGCAUCCCUUGUGCAGUUGUUUCAAGUCUUGACCGCAAGAACAUGGUUGACACUUUACAAAGGAUGGGUCUGAAAAAUUAUUUCCAGGCCGUUGUGUCGGAGGAAGAUGGUAUGGAGUCCCUAGCUCAUAGAUUCCUUUCAGCGUCUGUUAAGUUGGACAGAAAACCUUCCAAGUGUGUUGUGUUUGAGGAUGACCCCAGAGGAAUAACGGCUGCUCAUAAUUGCACGAUGAUGGCUAUAGCUUUAAUUGGUACCCAUCCAGCGUAUGAUUUGGGGCAAGCUGACCUAGCCGUUGCUAGCUUCAAUGAGCUGUCUGUGAUCAAUUUGCGGAGAUUGUUUGCCCACAAAGGUUCGACCUUCAUGGACUUGCAGAAACAAGUUGUAGAGAAAUCACCUCCGAAGAGGAAGCUGACCAUCGACACCAUAUACUGACUCGUCUCUUCUCUCGCGACAUCUCUUGUACAUGUGUUGUAAUUAAGGGCUCAUCAUUGCAUAUCCUUCUCCUUCCUCUAACUCAUACGUUUCUUUCCUUGAUUUCUCAUUUUUAUUACAUUUCUUUUCUUUUAUGAAUGCAAUGGGAAAAAAUAAUUUGCAGUC